AUGCGAAAUUUGAGCUUGCUUGGUCUGCUUCGGAGGCGUUUGGUGUCGUCGUUGGCUGCAGAGUCGACCGUUGAUCAAGUUGAUUGGCCACAGAGGCUUUCGUCAUUGAGCGAGGCAUUGUAUCGAACACAUGGUUCGCCCUCUUGUGGUUCUGCAGCUGGUUUCGCUACCUCAUUGGGAAAUCGUUAUUUCCAUGCCACAGGGUUUUGCUGCGCACCUGAAAGAGACUACUAUAAAACUCUCGGCGUUUCGACAAGCGCAAGCCGAGACGAGAUUAAAAAGGCUUUUCGUGUGCUUGCCAAGAAGUACCAUCCAGAUGCAAAUAAGGACAAUCCUUCUUCUAAGAGAAAAUUUCAAGAAAUAAGAGAUGCCUAUGAGACUUUGCAAGAUCCUGAAAAGAGGGCACAAUAUGACAAGAAGCGCUUAAGUGGGUCAGAAAACGUAGGGUAUACUGCUGGGGAUGCAGAGGGGUUCAGAUAUGAUAAUCAAACUCAUGGUGCUGCUGGUGCAGAAGGGUUUAGAUAUGGUUUUCAAACUCAUUUUUCCAGUUCAUUCCAUAAAAUAUUCUCAGAGAUCUUUGAACAUGAGUUUGAUCAAGUUGCAGCUGAUAUUGAGGUGGAGCUGUCACUCUCUUUCUCUGAAGCUGCUAAAGGAUGCACAAAGCAUCUCUCUGUCGAUGCACAUGUUCCCUGUGAUUCUUGCUGUGGGCGUGGCUCUCCACUGAAUGCCAAGACCAAAGUUUGUCCUACUUGCAGAGGUAUUGGGAGAGUUACAGUUCCUCCAUUCACAUCAACAUGCAGUACUUGUAAAGGGGCGGGCAAAAUAAUCAAGGAAUCUUGCAUCUCAUGUGGAGGGUUAGGGGUUGUUGAAGGCACUAGAGAGGUUAAAGUUUCGAUACCAGCAGGUGUGGAUUCUGGAGAUACAAUCCGUAUUCCGGGGGCUGGGAAUAGUGGGGUACGAGGAGGUCAACCAGGCUGUUUUUACAUUAAACUAAAGGUUGCUGAAGAUCCUAUCUUUGCUAGAGAUGGUGCAGAUGUUUAUGUGAACUCUAAUAUUAGCUUUACGCAAGCUAUUCUUGGUGGUAAGGUUGAGGUACCAACUUUGUCUGGGAAGAUAGAAGUAAAAAUACCAAAGGGGGUUCAGCCUGGACAACAUAUUGUACUAAGAGGCAAAGGACUGCCAAAACAUGGUUUUCUAGUUAACCAUGGAGAUCAAUAUGUGCGCUUCCGAGUUAGAUUUCCGACUGAAAUUAACGAACGCCAACAUGCUAUAUUAGAAGAGUUUGCAAGGGAGGAAAUUAUGCAUGGAAACAGCACUUCCAAUAAAAGAGAUUGGAAUGAUGUUUUCAUUGUUCAAAACGAAAUCGAUUCCAGGGAGACCCCUAAUACCUCGUUGACAUGGAAUACCUCAAAAAAUUUGACACUGGGUUCUCUGCCAAGCUCUGCUCCUCCCUUGCCAGCAGCUGCAGUAUCUGCUCUGUGGCAUGAGAAGUUUGGGGGACCAGAUCUUCCACCUCCUCCCCUUUAUGUGUUGGAAGACCUUCCUGAUCUCAAGUCACAGCCAGUCACUUAUACUCUAUUUAAGUGGACGAUAAGGUCAGCAGUCUUUAGCAAGUCUGAGUUGGUAACCUUCAAUGUGGCAGUGGGGAAGAUGACAAGGAAAAAAGUCGGCCUAGUUGAGGCUGAUGUUCAGCAUGGUGCUCUGAUUAUUCCUGCUGCACCCAACAAGGAAGAAUGA